AUGUCAUUGUCUUUUUCUCCUGUUCAUGUUCUCACCACUUAUCAUACGGAAUAAAAACCUUGUUAAUCUGGGAUUUUCUUCAAUCUGAAUUCAGUAAAACAGAUUUAAUCUCAGACUGAUUCUUCUUGUGGGACUAGUUUUAUUAGGAUCCUACUAGUUGUCUGGUGUGGAUAUAAUACCAGUCGGUCUCUGAGAUGGAGUCCAGAACUCUUCUACUUGUUCUGGGUCUUCAUUUCACUCUACUGGGGAACAUAGAGGCCAGAGAUUGCGGCCUGGGCUUCAUUGCCAAUGGGAGUCAACAAUGUGAUGAUAUAGAUGAGUGUAAAGAGUUGGACAGUAACCCACCCUGUGGAAGUAAUGCUACGUGUUCCAACACAUAUGGAAGCUUCUACUGUCACUGUCUACCUGGGUUCAGAUCCACAACGACUUUCAAGUUUACUCCUUUCACUGGGGAGUGUAAGGACCUCAAUGAGUGCCUGGAGAAACCACCGGUUUGUGGCAGCAACACCAUUUGCCUCAACACCAUCGGGAGCUUCAACUGCCAAUGUCAACCUGGGUUCAGAGUUACUUACGCUGGACACUGUGCAGACAUAGAUGAGUGUAAUGAGAUCGCUGGUAUCUGUGGAGUGGGCGGGGACUGCCAGAACCAGAAAGGAAGCUACAGUUGCCUCUGUCACCCUGGAUACAGUAACUACGACAACAAACAGGCUCAGUGCUCAGUACUGACCUGUGACCAGUUCAAAGCGAAUGCGACUCCUGGACAGAAUGUCCCAGGUUUAGCUGGUCACCUGUCUCUGAUGAGGAACAGCUGUCUGGCAUUAAAUGUCUUCACGGAGAUGGACGGCCUCUUGUCUCAUGCUAUCCUAAACAACAGCCGGGAGGUGAGUGGGUUGCUAGGCACCGUGGAGGACGCCAUGAGGUUCAUCGGGCCGCAGCUCAGAGACACCCACACCACCAUGGAGACAGACCACACAGCGACUGAGCUUGCAGUGAGGAGGGGACAGACUCCGCCCACUGGGCCAAUCAGCCUGGCCAAUGACAACGCUCGGCUGGACACCAGCUGGGAGACAGCCACCGGCAACGGGACAUACCCAGGUUUCGCUCUGGCUGGGUUGGUGUGUUACAAGACAGUGGAGAAAUCUGUCAACAACUCCUUCCAGUACCUCACUGACACGGACACCAACAGAGACACAGCAACCGCCACAGCAUCAAAGCCUAGCUACCAGAUCAGUUCCAAGGUGGUAACAGCCUUUGUCAGUAACCCAGCAACAGACCACCUCACCAAGCCUGUCAUCCUCACCUUCAAACAUCUACAGGUGAGGGCGGAGUCAAUGGAGAUGAACUACACCUGUGUGUUCUGGUCGGAGGGGCGUGUCCAUGAAGAGGGAGGGGCGUGGUCAAGUCGUGGCUGUACCAAAGUCACAUCUAACGCUACACACACCGUGUGUUCCUGUUCCCAUCUUAGCAGCUUUGCUGUUCUCAUGGCCCUCUACCCUGUACAGAACACCUUUGAGCUGCGUCUGUUGACGUGGCUGGGUCUGUCGGUGUCUGUGGUGUGUCUGUUGCUGUGCAUCCUGACCUUCUGGCUUUGUCGGUCCAUCCAGGGGACACGCACCACCAUCCACCUCCACCUCUGUGUCUGCCUCUUCAUCGCUGACCUCGUCUUCCUCAGCGGUAUCUCUCACACACAGAGCAAGGGAGGAUGUGGGUUUGUAGCAGGUCUCCUCCACCUGUUCUUCCUAGGAUCCUUCAGUUGGAUGUUGUUAGAGGGGGUUCAGCUCUAUCGCAUGGUGGUCCUGGUCUUCAACACUACCAUAAGACCUCUGUACCUGCAUGCUGUGGGAUAUGGACUGCCACUGACUAUAGUCAUCAUCUCUGCUAUCACCUACCCAGAUGGAUACGGUACCACACAACACUGUUGGCUGUCUCUGGAGAGAGGAUUCAUCUGGAGUUUCUUCGGCCCAGUGUGCACCAUCAUCUUCCUCAACACUUUCAUCUUCAUCAUCACUGUCUGGAGGCUGGCCCAGAAGUUCUCUAGUCUCAACCCUGACCUCUCCAACCUACGCAAGAUCAAGGUGUUCACAGUGACAGCAGUGGCCCAGCUGUGUGUGUUGGGUACUAUGUGGAUAUUUGGAGUGUUCCAGUUCCAAGAGGAGGGGACAGUGGUCAUGACAUAUCUCUUCACUAUCCUCAACUCUCUACAGGGAGCACUGCUGUUCAUCAUGCACUGCCUACUGAACAAAACGGUUAGAGAGGAGUAUUGCAAGCUGCUGUCCUGUAUCUGCACACCACAGAAGAAGAGAUACUCAGAAGUCAGCACUACCAACCCUUCUUCCAGCCAAUCCCAGGGGUCAAGGAGCGCAGAGAACACGGGGGAGUCGCAGAUAUGACGUCACCAAACCCCCAUAAUGCACCUAUUUACUUCUCCUCCCAUGAUAAAGGUUCCCACCAGAUGGCCAAACUGUAAUGUCAAAAUGGUCGAUAUCGUAAAAAUGUAUGUGAAGUGUUUCUGAUUUAGUAUCUUGGCCAGAUAGUGACACACCAGAAACACUCAGCCUGAGGAUAGUACUGUUCAGACCAGGUUAGUAGAAAAUGUGUCCAACUAUCCCGCCGGAUAAGCAUUAGGUUAUCCAAUCAGAAGUUAUAUGAUCUUCAUGUCAUCCAAUAGGAAUGAGUAUGAUCUUCAUGUCAUCCAAUAGGAAUGAGUAUGAUCUUCAUGUCAUCCAAUAGGAAUCCAUAUGGUCUUUAUGUCAUCCAGUCAGAAGUUACACGAUCUUCAUGUCAUCCAAUAGGAAUGAGUAUGAUCUUUAUGUCAUCCAAUUAGAAGUUAUGUGAUCUUCAUGUCAUCCAAUAGGAAUCCAUAUGGUCUUUAUGUCAUCCAGUCAGAAGUUACACGAUCUUCAUGUCAUCCAAUAGGAAUCUAUAUGAUAUUUAUGUCAUCCAAUAGGAAUCUAUAUGAUAUUUAUGUCAUCCAAUAGGAAUCUAUAUGAUAUUUAUGUCAUCCAAUAGGAAUCUAUAUGAUAUUUAUGUCAUCCAAUAGGAAUCUAUAUGAUAUUUAUGUCAUCCAAUAGGAAUCUAUAUGAUAUUUAUGUCAUCCAAUAGGAAUCUAUAUAUAUAUAUAUAUAUUAUAUAUGCCAUUUAGCAGACGCUUUUAUCCAAAGCGACUUACAGUCAUGUGUGCAUACAUUCUACGUAUGGGUGGUCCCGGGAAUCAAACCCACUACCCUGGCGUUACAAGCGCCAUGCUCUACCAACUGUGCUACAGAAGGACCACAUAUUUAUGUCAUCCAAUAGGAAUCUAUAUGAUAUUUAUGUCAUCCAAUAGGAAUCUAUAUGAUAUUUAUGUCAUCCAAUAGGAAUCUGUAUGAUAUUUAUGUAAUCCAAUUUCACAACCACAAAAGAAAGGUACUAUUUUCCACCACUUGGAUGAAACCAUAAACGUGAUGAACAGAAGCUUUCUUCCUUUACAUGAAUGUGAUUUAUAGUCAUAUUUAUUACCAAGAGCACAAGAUAUGGUAACUUUUCUACACGAUUAAAUCCAGAGGGAUUUAGAAAAACAUUAUGUGAAGAUAUGUGUUAGUUGUGACCUAAUGGACUGUUAUACUGUAAAUGUGUUAUUGAUCUUUAACACUUUAUUAAUAACAUUUAAGAAUAAGUCUUUAUAAAUGAAUAUACAUGUUUAUAAAUUAUUAUAAAUGUUGUACAUUU